UCCUGUUGUGGCCUGCGUGGUGUCGGCUCGUGGGUCUCAGAGACCCGAAAAUUAAGAGCAUUUUUACGCCCCAGGGGCCUCUCGUGGCGGCUCUGCGGCCAUCACCAUGCCACAGAACGAAUAUAUUGAAUUACAUCGCAAACGCUAUGGAUACCGUUUGGAUUACCAUGAGAAAAAGAGAAAGAAGGAAAGUCGAGAGGCUCAUGAACGUUCAAAGAAGGCAAAGAAAAUGAUUGGUCUGAAAGCUAAGCUUUACCAUAAACAGCGCCACGCUGAGAAAAUACAAAUGAAAAAGACUAUCAAGAUGCAUGAAAAGAGAAACACCAAACAAAAGAAUGAUGAGAAGACUCCACAGGGAGCAGUACCAGCCUAUCUGCUGGACAGAGAAGGACAAUCUCGAGCUAAAGUACUUUCCAAUAUGAUUAAACAGAAACGAAAAGAGAAGGCGGGAAAAUGGGAAGUCCCUCUGUCUAAAGUCCGUGCCCAGGGAGAAACAGAAGUAUUAAAAGUUAUUCGAACAGGAAAGAGAAAGAAGAAGGCAUGGAAGAGGAUGGUUACUAAAGUAUGCUUUGUUGGAGAUGGCUUUACAAGAAAACCACYUAAAUAUGAAAGAUUCAUAAGRCCAAUGGGCUUACRUUUCAAGAAAGCCCAUGUGACACAYCCUGAACUGAAAGCCACCUUUUGCCUACCAAUACUUGGUGUAAAGAAGAAUCCCUCAUCCCCACUGUAUACAACUUUGGGUGUUAUUACCAAAGGUACUGUCAUUGAGGUAAAUGUGAGCGAAUUGGGCCUUGUGACGCAAGGAGGCAAAGUUAUUUGGGGGAAASUAUGCCCAGGUUACGAACAAUCCUGAAAAURAUGGAUGCAUAAAUGCAGUCUUACUGGUUUGACAGCAAUUUAAUAUAUAAUUAGAGGACUACACACYAAUUGGAAAAACUGCCAUUACUGUACUGUUUCUCAAUACUACCAAAUAGCCAUACAUGUCUGCCAUCGAGAUUUAUUGUAAACAUUAAAAUAGUCCCGUUGUAUAAAUGGUCUUUAUUUUGAAAUCUACUUAGACCCCCAUGUUAAUAAAACUGAUUGAAAAAAAAAAA